UUAGAUCCAUAGCUCUCCAUUCUCCCUUACGCCUUCCUACGUAGCUACAAACGCACACCACAAACACACCCACGGGCCACAGCCAUGGCAACGAAACUCCGGUGGGCAGAGUUCGACGAGGACGACGGCGAGAACCUCGACUUCCUCUUGCCCCCGCGUCAGGUCAUCGGGCCUGACGAGAAUGGGAUCAAGAAGGUGAUCGAGUACAAGUUCAACGACGAAGGAAACAAGGUCAAGGUCAUCACCACCACGCGAGUUCGGAAGCUCGCCACCCGCCACCUCAGCAAGCAAGCCAUCGAGCGCCGCUCCUUGCCCAAGUUCGGUGACGCCAUGCACGAGGACGUCGGUAGCGGACUCACCAUGGUCUCCACUGAAGUUAUCAACUUUGAACGAACUUGGGCUUCUGCUAGCAAGCCAGAAGAGACAAAGACUGCAGAUUUCGUGUCUCAAAAGCAAAAUGAUGCCGGUACUCUCAUGCUUUGUAGAACUUGUGGUAAGAAGGGCGACCACUGGACUGCGAGGUGCCCAUACAAGGAUCUCGCACCGCCAGCUCGUGAUGGAUUUAUUGACAAGCCUGCUGCAUCAGAAGCCGUAGCUCCUACUAGUUCUGGCUCACGUAAGGCAUAUGUUCCUCCUAGCAUGAGAGGAGGACCGGCGGUGGCAACAAGUGGCGGUGCUGAUCAUGGGAGUCGACGGAGAAGCGACGAGAACUCGGUACGGGUCGCCAACCUUUCAGAAGAUACACGAGAGCCCGACUUGGGUGAGCUUUUCGGAGCUUUUGGUGAUGUAAGCCGUGUUCAUGUUGCUGUUGAUCGAAACACAGGAAUGAGCAGAGGAUUCGGUUUCGUUAACUUUGUGAACCGAGACGACGCUCAGAGAGCUAUCAACAAGCUCAAUGGUUAUGGUUAUGACAAUCUCAUCCUCCGAGUGGAAUGGGCCACUCCAAGAACAAAUUAAUUUCUU